AUGAACACCACUUCUGCCGGGACUAUCAAAAUUCUUUUGCAUCUUUUUGCUGUCGAGGUCCUCCCCGAAACGAUCGUUACAGAUAAAGGUCCUUACUUUACUUUGGCCGAGUUUAAGCAAUUCUCUGCUCAUAAUGGGAUUUCCCUCAUCCACAGUGCCCCAUGUCAGCCUGCAUCAAACCGCUGGGCAGAACGUGUUGUGCAGACGUUCAAGACCCAACUCGAUAAGCUGCUGAGCCAUCACCCCCUGGAGGAGGCCGUGCUUCUUUUUUUGGCUACAUACGGCGCCGCCCCUCUUGGCUGUAAAAGACCAGCGGAGAUACUUCGUGUUCGACCAUUCCGCUGUCCCUUAUCUGUCCUUGUUCCCGAGGCUUCUCACCCUCCUGCCUUCAUUCUGGUGCACUCCUUCCAUGUCGGGCAGGGGGUCUGGUCACGGAUCUUCUCUCAUCCACAGGCUCGCAGGGCGCCUGCCAUCAUCACCGAGUUCUGCAGCUGGGCGCUUGCAUUUCUCCGGUGGGCCGAUGGUUCCGCCACCUGUCGGCACCUCAACAAGCUCGGCCCCCGUAUGGUGGACCAUGAUGCCCCAGGGGAGCUGCCAGUGUCUGUCGAUGGCCGCUCUGUGACGGAACCUUCACCUCAGCCACUGCCUCCACCACCAGCUGCCCCUGCUGCAUCGUCGCCUCCAGGCCCUGAUGGCCAACAAACUAUGGAUGUCGACCAGGACACCCCCCACUUGUGGUGA